AGGACAUCUUGCAGAAACAUUAUUUACCCGUUACAAUUAGACAGUGUCCGUCCUUGAGUUACGACCCCUGAUGUCCUAAAACAAAUCAGUUUGUUUCCGAGGCCUAAUUAUAGGAGUUUUAUCGAAAACAGCUAGAAAACACCAAGCAGUUGUUUCUUUUCAAGACCACUGGACGAACUGAUGCUGGUGAGGAUGAAAUCUGGACGUCAAGCUCCUCCGAUUUUAAGAUGCAUCUCUGGCAAAUUUUCCCGUAACCUGAUCUAUCUGACAGUAUUUUGUGCAGCCAUUAUUUGCAUUCUUGUCAUCAAUCAUCUCAUGUUUUAUAGAACUAACCCUGAAACUUUCCAUGAUCAUUGUGCAAGUUGGACAAAUGAAACUGACUUUGUGAUUCCUGGUGAUGAAAAACUUGGCAUGAUGUCCCUCUACGAAAUCUCGUGCCUGUUCACGCGAUACGUCACUUCCCUUCAACGUCUUUGUACAGAACCUAAGCGUUUUGGUGACGUUGACUACGGCGGUGUUCGUAUUUGCACAGACAGAGCAGUGGCGCCGAGUCCAGGAUGUGUUAUAUAUAGCUACAAUCACGACCUCAGUCAGAGAUUCACAGAUCAGAUGGAAGAAAAAUUCAAAUGUGAUGUGGUAUUUUUUGGUAGAGACGUAAUUUCUAGCAGUUAUGACAGUACUAGUGGCUUUAUCAAAGUUCUCGCCAGUCAUCAGCAAGUCAUAAGUGUUGUUGUCAUGAAAUUAAACUCCAUAGAUUUCAAAUAUUUGACCCAGUUUAUCCGUACUUUGCGUAGAAUGCAGGUCAAGCAAAUUAUCAUUGAAAUUCACUUAAGCCCAAAUUCAGGAACAAAAUCGGACUACGUUCAAAUUAUGACGGCACUGCGGCGAUUGAACGAGUCCAAUUAUUUUAAAUAUUGGUAUGACAGAAAUUGGAAUUGUAUAGGAAAUGAAAGGAAAAGAAAUAGGUAUUCUCGAUGCUGGACCAUUAACAUGUUUUUGAAAAAUGGAGACGAAGAGGACGUUGUGAUAUCAAAGGGGUCCGACUUACCAAAUAUAGCCCCUCUUGGUACGAGUCCAAUAGAUGAAAAUGAAAAGAAGAAGUAUAAAAAUGAGUACCUUAAGUAUAUCUCAAAACACCAGAUUCUGUGCAAACAGAUGCUUCGUCUUGGAAAUAUUGUGGAUGGGGGGUGGGAUAUUUGUCAUGAUGUCCAGUUCCGUCCAAAGCCUCCGUGCAUUGUGUAUUCAUUCGGAAUCAAUUACGAUUUUUCCUUUGACGAAGAUAUGGAGAAAACUUACGGAUGUGACGUGUUUUGUUUUGAUCCUAGCAUGAAAACCGCUGAUUAUAAGCAUUCGGAUCACAUCAGUUUCUACAACGUGGGGUUGGGUGAUAGAAAUAAAGAAGUAACGGUCAGCGGUGAGACAUGGAAACUCAAAACCCUGAGGACCAUUCAAAAAGAGUUAGGUCACACCAAUAGAAAAAUAGACGUUUUGAAAAUUGACAUCGAAGGAAAUGAGAUCAGCACCAUCCCUGAAAUGAUAUCAUCCGGGGCUCUAAAUAACGUUGUCCAGUUAUGUUUAGAAUUCCACCACUACUAUGAUCUGGGCUCUCUUCGGAAAUUAUACGACAUUGGUUUCCGAAUAUUUUGGGCCCAUCAAAAUCCUUUUGCUGCUUUUUACGCCAAUGGAGAAUCUUAUUCUUAUGGAAUGGAGGUUUAUUUUGUAAAUAUUAAUCUGGCUGCAAAUGUUUGACAAAUCAAGUAGUCUGAAUUAACUGAUGCUCAUUUACGAAUGUUCAAUCUUCUUGUGAGUGUGUAUGUCACUGUAUGUCUGUUUAAGAAUGUGUGCUAAUAUAAUGUUCUUUUAUAAUUUAUUUCUGUUUAUAUGUUUUUUACAGUUUCAUUUUUCUCCUUUGAUGAAGCAAUGUUUUCUUGAAUUUAAUGCAUUGUCUCCAUUACAUUGUUUUGUUCCAUUUCUAUUGUUUCCUUUCAAUAAUACAUUCUGUUACUACAAAUAUAAUUUCAUUUUUCAUGGCAUUUUAGGAUGAAGAGUCCAUGACAAAAUGUGGCAUCAGUCACAAUAAAAUUUGCGAUACAAUG